UUUUGGGGAUUUUUUGGGGUUUUUUUUGGGGGUUUUUUGGGUUUUUUUCUCCCGUUUUUGUCCCGUUUUUGUCGCUGUCCCCCCUGACCUUUGUCCCUUGGUGUCCCCAGGGUGUCCCCAAGGAGGAGGAGGAGGAGGAGGAGGAGGAGGAAGAUGAGGAUGAGGAUGAGGAGGAUUCCGAGGACGCCCUGGGAGAGUUCGACUUCCUGGGGACACCUGGGGACACCUUGGGGACACCUGGGGACAUCAGGGAGAGCCACCAGUGUCACCUGCGGGACGGGGACCUCGGGCCACCAGGGCCACUGCGGCCACCUGAAGUGUCCCCAGGGGUCGUGGCCGACGCGCUGGCCCUGGACGGGCUCGGGGACCUGGCGGAGCUGACGGUGACAAACGACAACGACGGCGGUGACGUGACCUCCGGCCGGCCGCCGUCCCCGAAGCGCACCUGGAGCCCGCGCCUGACCCUGCGCAGCCACUACGACGCCGUGCGGGCGCUGGCCUUUGUCCCUUGUCACCCGGCGCUGGUGACGGCCUCCGAGGACGCCACGCUCAAGCUCUGGAACCUGCAGAAGCCGCUCGUCCCCAAGAAGAACGCGGCGCUGGACGUGGAGCCGGUCUACGCCUUCCGCGGGCACAGGGGCCCGGUGCUGGCGGUGGCGGUGGCAGCAGGUGACACAGGUGACACAGGUGACACAGGUGACACGGGGCUGUGCUGCAGCGCCGGCGUGGACGCUCGGAUUCGCUGCUGGCGCCUCCCGGCCCUGGACAGCGACCCCUACGACGGCUACGACCCAGGUGUGCUGCGGGGGGUCCUCGACGGCCACUCCGACGCCGUGUGGGCUCUGUCCUUCGACGUCACCGGGCGUCACCUGGCCUCGUGCUCGGCCGAUGGCACCGUGCGCCUCUGGGACCCCCGAGGGGACAGCGGCGGUGGCACCGCGGGUGGCACCUGUCUGAGUGUCCUGGAUGGGCACAAAGAUCACGGUGUCCCCACCUCGGUGACGUUCGUGGCCACCCAGCCAGCCCACCUGGUGGCCGGGUUCCGCUCAGGUGCCACCGUCCUCUACGACCUGGAGGUCACCAAGGCCACCCUGGUGUCCCCACACGGCGGUGGCUCCGGCCAGGUGAACCAGGUGGUCGCUCACCCCUCGCAGCCGCUGACCAUCACGGCCAGCGAUGACCGCGCCAUUCGUUACCUGGACAACCGCACAGGUAAAGUCGUGCACUCCAUGGUCGCUCACCUGGACGCCGUCACCUGCCUGGCCCUGGACCCCAGCGGCGCCUUCCUGCUGUCCGGCAGUCACGACUGCUCGCUGCGCCUGUGGCACCUGUGCCAGCACACCUGCGUGCAGGAGCUGCCCGCUCACCGCCGCAAGCACCAGGAGGCCGUGCUGGCCGUGGCCUUCCACCCCCGGCGCGCCCUCAGCGCCAGCGCCGGCGCCGACGCCCUGGCCAAGGUGUUCGUCUGAC